AUGCGUUCCGACAAGCUUCUCGUGCUCGCCGGUCUGGCGAGCUAUGCUCUCGCUCUCCCCACGAAGGACUUGGACCCCCGUACCUUUGGCCUCGUCGCCGAGAUUCUCACUGACCUUGGUGAGGAUCUGACCGGUUUCAUCGAGGCCCUCCUUGGCGGCGGUGUCAAGAGCUCCGCAAGCCUCCUCACUGGUAUCAGCGCUCAGGCAGCUGCUGUCCUCGAAGGUGGUGCUCUGGGUUGCACUGCCGGCAAGAUCGAUGCCUCCGCUCGUGCGGAGCUGGCCGCGUGGAUCCGUGCUCAUGCCAGCUUCGAUGCCUCCCUCAAGUCGUCUCUGUUGGCCUGGUGUGAGGGCGAGGAUUCUGCCACCUUGUCCGUCGAUGUCCGUGCUGGUCUCGCUCUAUUCAUCCCCACCUGCGCCGAGGUCGCUGCCAAGGGCGACAUCUACGUGACUGUCGAUGGUAUCUUCUCUGUUUCCGACCUUGAGGCCGCUGUUGUCCUCAGCUCUUCUUUCCAGUCUACUCUGUCUACUUUCAUCUCCGGAUCCGUUGGUGUUGAAUUGGAUGCCGACAUCAAGGCUGGUCUUUCCCUCUGUGCUGGUGGUGGUGUCGUCGCCGACCUUGCUUCGGAUAUCGAGGCCGCCCUGAAGGUCUGGCUUAACGGCUCCGCGUGCUCUCUGAGCGCCUCCCUCAAGGCUGCUGUCCUUGCUUGGUUGGAGGGCAAGGCUAGCGUGUCUGGUGUUGUUACCAUUGGCACUGUGCCCACUGCUGGUCUCACCACUGUCUCCGUCGGUGCCGCCAUCAACGCCCUUGUCGAAACCUCCGGUGCCCUCACCGCUAGCGCCCAGGCCUACCUCUCUGCCUUCCUCAAGUCCUCCCUCGCCACCGACAUUGAGGCCGAUGUUAAGGUCGUUCUGGAGGCCUGUAUCUCGGGCAAGCUUGCCACUUCCAUCAGCGCCGAUGCCCGUGCUGCCCUGGCAGUCUGGCUCUCCGGCGAUAGCUGCCAGCUGGGCGUCGAGCUGAAGGCCGUUCUCUACUUCUGGCUCUCCUUUGCCCUGAGCGGCGACGUCACCGUUGACUUGUCCACUGACAUCAUUACCGAACUUGAGACUUUCAUUACCGGUACCAUCGACACUCUCAUCGGUGUCAACAUUAGCGGCGUGCUCUCCCUGCUGCUGUCUGGCGAGAGCCUGGCCUCCCUCUCCCUGGAGUCUCGUGCUGAGCUGUCUGCUGUCAUCGGUGGCUGCGCGGGUGUUGAUAUCAGCUCCUCCAUUGAGAUCAUCGUCAUUGAAUGGCUUACCGGCUGCAGCAUCCCCGGCGGUCCUUCUAUCGGCUCUGGCUCCGGCUCCGGAUCUUCCUCC